GGCACUGGGCUCUGAUUCAGCUACAUUUUUGCAGAAAUGACGGUCUUGAUAGUCCGACUUUUCGACUGGCAGUUGCUUUUUUGGUCCCAAAAAACCAAUCUUAGAACACUCUUCCCCCCACAUCAUACAUCACACAUCUUAGAACACACACAUUCGGACACUGCAACUUAAAUAAAUUUCCACUCACCAGAGCAGGUGGGAUUACGUCCAGCCAUGACCUCCAAUUCACUGGCACGACGGAGUUCGGCGGACGAGGAGCAAGCCCGCUGCCGACAGGUGGAGACCGCCCCCCUGCACCUGCCCAGCUAUGCCGACCGGUACACGGACAUCCCACGACUUAACCGUCUCAAGUUUAUCGCUCAGGUGUGCCCCAAGCUGCGUGUCCCAGCGCUAGAGCUGGCUAUAGAUCACGUGAAGACCACCUAUAACGUGAAGCUCUACGACGAGCUCUACAAGACCCUGUGCGCCGAAGUGGGAGAGCUGGCUAUGAAGCAACCGACGACUGACGACGAAGCCAGCACCUCUAGUGGUAGGAGCCGGCGAGCCCAGCCGUACGACACCUUCUGGGUGGAGGACAACACUAUAGAGUCAACCUUGAUGCUUCAGGAGCUGGACGCCGAGCUGAACUUCAAGAAAUCGAACUCGGGCAGCGCCAAUGUGCGGCGAAUUCUGGAGGAGAUCGGCGACUACCAUGAGAAGAGCGGAAACCUGCAAAUGGCCAUAAAGUUCUACGCCAGGGCCAGACCUUACUGCACCAGCAGCGACAACGUGAUCAACAUGUUUCGUAACCUCAUCAGGGUCUCUAUCUAUAUGGCCAACUGGUGGUACGUGCUCACCUACAUCGACGAGGCCAAACAGUAUGCUUUCGGUUACGAGAAUCUGGCCCAGGAAGUACCAGCCCGACUAAGCUGUGCUGCCGGACUGGCCAACAUGGGUCUAAAGAUUUACAAGUCGGCGGCUCAGAACUUUCUGCAGACUUCCUUCGGACGGUACGACUACGACAAGAUCGUUGCCCCCGAGGACGUGAGCUUCUACGCGGGUCUCUGUGCCCUGGCCACCUACGAUCGGGAAAAAUUACAAGUGGGCGUCAUAAAUUCUGAGGCGUUCAAGCCCUUCUUCCAGUUGGCCCCCAAGAUGUGGAAUAUCCUGGCAAAGUUCUACGAAGGUCAGUCCGAGGUUUGUGAGGAGCUGCUCCGCGAGAUUGAGGACCAGGUACGGAUAGAUGUCUAUCUAGCACCCCAUGUCGAUAGGCUAUACGAGAUGAUUAUUAACAGACUACCCAGGAAAAAGGAAAAGAAAGCUAAAUACGAGUACUUGAAGAGAUACAGUACCUCCUGAUCAUUGGCUAAAAAGGGGGCGGAUGGACGGAAAAGUAGUGACCAUCCUAAACAAGUCUCAAAGUUUCAUGAAUUUUUUUUUGAUAGGCCUAUCGUUAUUUGGAAAGCAGCACUGGCCUUCAUUAAUUUUUAGUUAUUCAGCGAAAAAUUCUGGCUACAAACAUAGACACUUUAAUGUGGGGGAUAAUUUAAAUUUAAGUAAACAACCUGUGACCCAUGUAGGAGUGUGCUCCCGCAAAUUAAAAAAAAAGGGAUGGAAAGGAGUGACACUUAAAAUACCUUCCUUUCACAAAUUUGUAUAGGAUAGUUUGAAUAAUAUUCUUCAGAAUAGUUUCAAAUACUUAAAAUUUUUUUGCAACUUAGCCUUUGUAAGGCAUCUUCGUAAGUUUAAUUAAUCAAAGUUCAUAGUUAAUUUCAGUAAAGACUGAUGGAAUAAAUUUUUUUAGACUCAAAAUUUAAAAUAUAAAAAGAUACGAGUCGCUGAGGCAAUUCUUAAUUUUCGCAAGGCAAAAAUUUUCAAUAGUCACUUUGUUGGAAGCUAGGAGAAUAUAA